GGCCCGCCUCCUGAACGGAUUUGUUCUGGAGAAACAGCCGUCCUCCGGGGCUCCCGCACCUGGCAGCCGAGGAGACCGGGGCCCAGGAAGGCAGUGCCCUGCAGAAAGGCUUUGAAAAUCUGCCCCAGGUUUUAUUUCCACUUUUAAAUCUUUGCCCAGAAUUGAGCUGAGCUGGAGGAAACCUGUGUUUGUCUUUUUUUUUUUCGACAGGCAGAGUGGACAGUGAGAGAGAGAGACAGAGAGAAAGGUCUUCCUUUGCCGUUGGUUCACCCUCCAAUGGCCGCCGUGGCCAGUGCGCUGCGGCUGGCGCACCGCGCUGAUCCGAUGGCAGGAGCCAGGAGCCAGGUGCUUCUCCUGGUCUCCCAUGAGGUGCAGGGCCCAAGCACCUGGGCCAUCCUCCACUGCACUCCCAGGCCACAGCAGAGAGCUGGCCUGGAAGAGGGGCAACCGGGACAGAAUCCGGCGCCCCGACCGGGACUAGAACCCGGUGUGCCGGUGCCGCAAGGCGGAGGACCAGCCUAGUGAGCCGCGGCGCUGGCUCUGUGUUUGUCUUUUACCAGCCUGUGGGCUUGUGCAGGAAACGCGGAAUGCUACACGCACACCCAGAGUCCUGCAGAGGCUGGGCUGGGAGGCACUUUGUGUGGGGCAGUACCACCCCCACUCGGGGCAGGGGGCCCCAGGCAAACUCACUCCUCAGAGCAGCCCUGAGGAGGGACAUUCCCGUCACCCCCUUUUUUGGAGAGAGAAGUGAGGUGAUUGACUAGGACCACACAGCUGGCUCAUACACAAGCACACACAUGCACACACACGUGCGCACGGAUGCACACACACUCCUCUGUGCGUGUGUGUACCGCACUGGAAUCUCAUGACUCCCCUUCAUUGUUACUUUUAAAAGGUACGUUUUCUACAUUGAUAACUGAAGAGACCCGAGGGCUGGUGCUGUGGUGUAGCGGGUGGGGCGCCGCCUGUGACACCAGCACCCAGAUGGCACCGGCUCAGUUCCUCGCUGCUGCACUUCCCGUCCAGCUCCCUGCUGUGGCCUGUGAGGGCAGUGGAGGAUGGCCCAGGUCCUUGGGCCCUGCACCCCACGGGAGACCUGGAUGGAGCUCCUGGUUCCUGGCCCAGCCUGGCUGGUGCGGUCAUCUGGGGAGUGAACCAAAAGGAUGGAAGCUCUCUGUCCUUCUUUCUCUGCAAUUCUUUCAAAUAAAUAAACAUUAAAAAAAAAAAAAAACCUUCAGACAACAUUACAAAACAAUAGAGAUCCUAAAACCAUAAGUAAGAAAGUAUCUGAGGAACAAACUGGGAACCCCCAAAGAGCCCUCAGAGAGAAACCUGCCCCCCCACCCAUGAGCAAGCGCAGGGCCCAGGUCUCCUGACCCGGCCAGGCUGGGGGCGUGGGGGAGGGGCGUGGGUUCACACGUUUGCUCUUGGGCAGACAGACCGAAAGUCCUAGCAAUUCAGGCAGCAGCCCUGCACCAUGGAGAUGGAUCCCCAGGCGUGUGCGACCUGGGAGGGGCCAGGAGUUCUCGCACCACCAAGAGAGGAGGCCCUGGGGCCUUCAAAGGCGGCCUCCGGCCUGGCGCACUUCAGGGCUGGGUGAGAAAUGCCUGCGAACUGCCAGCACCCCCACAUCUGCUUAUAAAAGAGCCCCCGGCCAGCCCACGCCACAGGAGGGGCGGCGCACGCACUGGGCUCGGAGGGCCAGGGCUCCGGCCAGGCCAUGCUGGCUGCCUCCGUCUUCUGCCCCGCCCUGCUGCUCUGUGGGCUCACGGCCCCCCAGCCAGCCCGGCCGGAGAUGCUCUUCCACAGCCGGGACCACUCGGACCUGGAGCCGUCCCCCCUGCGCCGGGCCAAGCCCAUCGCAGACCUCCACGCCGCUCAGCGGUUCUUGUCCAGGUAUGGCUGGUCGGUGCCUUCGGCCUGGGGUCCCAUCCCCAAGCGGCUGCCAGAGGGCCGCGCGGGUGCUGCCCUGGCUGAGGCCGUGCGCAGGUUCCAGCAGGUGAACGCACUGCCGGCCAGCGGGGAGCUGGACGCAGCCACGCUGGCGGCCAUGAACAGGCCUCGCUGUGGCGUCCCGGACACUCGGCUGCCGCCCCCCGCCGCCCCCACGACACUGCCCCCCUGGGGCUCACCGAGCCCGCUGGGCCUGCAGCCCAGGGCCCGGCCAAAGCGCUUCCUGGAAAUGCUGCUGCCGGGGCUGGGCAGGCAGCAGGACGACUCCCCCGACGGUGGGGCCGCCAGGGCCUUCUCCAAAAAGACGCUGACCUGGAGGCUGGUGGGAGAGGCCUACAGCAGCCAGCUGUCCGUGGACGAGCAGAGGUCCAUUUUCAGACUGGCUUUCAGGAUGUGGAGCGAGGUGACACCCCUGGACUUCCGGGAGGACCGCACGGCCCCCGCGGCCACAGUCGACAUCAAGCUGGGUUUUGGGAGAGGCCGGCACCUGGGCUGCCCGCGGGUUUUCGACGGCAGCGGACAGGAGUUCGCACACGCCUGGCGCCUGGGCGACAUCCACUUUGAUGAUGACGAACACUUCACACCGCCCACCAGCGACAGGGGCAUCAGCCUGCUCAAGGUGGCCGUCCAUGAAAUUGGCCACGUCCUGGGCUUGCCGCACACCUACAGGCCGGGCUCCAUAAUGCAGCCCAACUACACUCCCCAGGAGCCCGCGUUCGAGUUGGACUGGUCAGACAGGAAGGCGAUCCAGAAGCUGUAUGGUUCCUGCAAGGGGUCAUUCGAUGCUGCCUUUGACUGGAUUCACAAAGAGAGAAACCAGUUUGGGGAGGUGCAGUUGAGGUUCAGCACGUACUUCUUCCGCAAGAGCCGGUACUGGCUCUACGAGAACCGCAACAACAGGACGCGCUACGGGGACCCCACCCGGAUCCUGGCUGGCUGGCGCGGAAUCCCAGCUCAGGGCAUCGACGCCUUUGUCCACGUCUGGACGUGGAGGAGAGACGAGCGCUACUUUUUUAAAGGGCACCACUACUGGAGCUACGACAGUGGCCAGGAUCAGGCCCUCGCAGAAGACCAGCAGGGAAAACGCUACCCCAAGCUGAUAUCACGAGGAUUCCCCGGCAUCCCAAGUCCGCUGGACACGGCCUUCUACGACCGCCGGCAGCAGCUCAUUUUCUUCUUCAAGGGGUCCCUGGUUUUUGCAUUCGAUGUCAACAGGAACCAAGUGCCGAGUUCCUACCCCGUGGCGCUGACCAAGGCCUUCCCGGCAGUGGCACCGCACAGCCACCCCGUCAGGAGGAUAGACGCGGCCUACUACUCCUACGCGCACGGCUCGCUCUUCUUCUUCAAGGGCAGUGCCUACUGGAAGGUGGUCAGCGCCAAGGACAAGCAGCAGAACCCCCAGCUGCCAGCCAACGGCUUACUGCCCGAGCAGCCCAUCUCCGAGAAGUGGUUUGACAUCUGUGACGUGCACGGCUCCACGCUGAACAUGUGAGCAGGGAAACGCAGCGGGCACAGCGCCCCUGAGGACACACGGCCCGGCUCGCCGCCGACGCGAGUGGCUGCCUGCAUCGGAACCCACCGGGAAAGGCAGCGCUCAAGACUGUAGGACAGCUGGCUUAAGAGUCAACUGCUCAGGCAAAACGUAAUUCACGGAAUAAUUCCACUAAUUUUUCAGGGAAAGUUUAAAAGACAAAAAAAGCGAGCAGCCAAGGCCUCCGUCUCUGCCUUCGCUCUGCGACCCUGGCCCAGCCUGAGGGAGUCGUGGGGGAUGCAGCGAGCCGCAGGGAGGGACUGCGCCCCCCUCCGCGGCCCUGUCCCGAGGACUCACUUCCGGGUCCCUGACGGUGCACGGGUGGUCUUGCAGCCGCCGCAGACUGCUGUUUCCAGCCCCAGAGCGUGAAGUCCACUGCGAAGCCCAGCGUGAGGCCUGUUCCCGCCGCGCGCCCCACUUUUUUAAGAUUUUCUUAUUUGAAAGGCCGAGUUACAGAGAGUGGGGGAGAGACACCAUCCACCGUGGGUUCACCAUCUACAACGUGGCUUUUAACUUUGUUAGCACAAACAGAAACUCCAACGUCACCUGAUAAGGACAGAAUCCGGGCCAGGAAACUAACUGAACGGGUUCAGCAGCUCCAUGAGGCAUUUCUUCUAAGGAAACAACUACAACUCAGCCUCGAGGCCUUCGUCUGAAGUCAGCAAUCACGCUCUGGAAGGCAGUUUUCCCCUGCAGGAGCGUUCAGGUUAUCGCGUUGACAAGAGAAGAUGCUAGAAUCGACUUUUCUUGCUUAAAAUUUUGCUCUUGCCCAAACGGCUGCUGCUCAGCGGAGAAGGGCGAGGGCCGAGAGCAGGGCCUUCCCGAGCUCCUCUGCCCCCCACCGACGCGGUCCAGGGGCCUGCCCAGGGCUGCUGCCCCAACAGCGCACUGGGGCUUCAGGCACAACUGUAAACGCUUCCUUCAUGAAGUUUUGCAAAUGGAGGAAACUGGCCCAAGGGCAAGGCAAUGCCCACACUAAGGAAGCAGACAAACGGCAAAGGAGAAUUCUGCCAGGCCGCACGGGUCAGCGCGCUGUCGUGCCAACAGCUGACGAUCAAGAAAGCGAUUUGCAAAAUCCAACCUAGACCAGUUUAGGGCAGACAGCUCUCCAGUGCGGUUCAGAUCCUUCGGAGGUGUGCCAGCGGCGACUCCCCGCACCCAGGCCCGGGCCGGCACGCAGGGAGCCAGACCGUUACCACAACCAGAGAGCCCGACUGCUCUGGGAAUCUUCUGGAAAUCCCGAGAAGACGAAAGACAAGGCAGCCUUGCAAACUGCAGGCACCGCAAACACUGCGCCUGGGCAGGAGCCGUGCGG